GUUCAGAGAAAGUGAUCAAUGGAUGCAACAAAUUCAACGGAACAAGGUGACCUAUCGGACACUUUCGAUGACCAACAUAAUAAUUUUAGACUGUUUAAAGCAUAUAAAGAAGGUCAAUUAGAUUUGAACAUUUUAAGUACACAGGAGGCAAUUUCUGCUUCUACCUCAACAACCGCUAACAAAGCUGCACUAUUAUCAUCAUCAACAAACAGUCAACAACAAGAUGCGACUUCUUCAAAUCAAGUCCUAUCGGAAUCUUCGCAUAUACCUCAGUCAUCCAUUUCUCCGAAUAAACCAUUCACUUUGGGUUCACUUUUAAAGCCUAAAUUAAUGAGUAAUAUUGCUAAACCUGUCAGUGAAUCUCAAUUACCAUCUGUAUCACGUGUUCCUGUCUCUUCUGUUAAUUCAACGGAAGAAAGCAAUAGAAUACAAAAGGAACCGGUUUUAACUUCUGGAAGUACGAUCCUUGUGAAUCAGCGUCAAAGAGGUAAUCCGGUUUUAAAACAAAUACGUAACGUUGCCUGGGAAUAUGCAGACAUUGAGCCGGAUUUUGUGGUAGGCAGAAAUAAUUGUAUAUAUUUUCUUAGUCUUCGCUAUCAUAAUUUAAAUUCCGAAUAUAUAUUUGAACGUUUACGUCAAUCAAAACGACAUUAUCAAUUAUCUGUACUUCUUGUUCAAGUGGAUGUAACAGAUCCAUAUUACCCUUUGAAAGAAUUAUGUAAAAUUUGUUGGACUGAAAGAUUAACCUUAAUGUUGGCAUGGAAUAUAGAAGAAGCAGCAAGAUAUUUAGAAGCUUAUAAAGCUUUGGAAAACAAACCUCCAGAUAAUUUAAUGGAAGAGCCAGCCACACAAACAGAUCAUGUUGCACAAGUUACAGAUUUCUUAACUUCGAUUCGACGCAUCACGAAAGCUGAUACUGUUUCAGCAAUGAGAAAAUUCGAUACAGUGGCCGACAUAAUACGAGCUGAUCAAUCAACUUUAGAGAAGUGUCCUGGUUUCGGUCAGCUUAAAGCCCGUAAGCUCGCUGAAGUCUUUAGGAUGCCAUUUAUAAAGAAGAAUUCAUAAUAUGAAUUAGAGGAAAUAACGUUCUGUACAUAUUUUCCCUAAAUAAAAGUAUAUAUUCUAAAUGGUAAAUAUGAUUCAACAGUAAACAACACAGUUUCUUUGAUGUUGUUUGAGUUGAUAUACAAAACAUUUGGC